UCUCUCUCUCUCUCUCUCUCUCGAAAAGGCUGAAAAAUAUAACACCGAAAAAUCUCUUUCGUUUUACUUAUCAUUAAUCCACCAACGAUGAAAUCUUCAGAUUGUCCUAAACCAGUACUAUAGAUAUCCCCAAACUCCCAUGUAUGCCAUGACAACGUAUCUUCAAAUCAACAUCAAUUUCUCAGCUUGCAAGUUGAGAACUUUGCAUGGCGAAACUUACAAAAAACCCAUUACUCUUAGAGCAGAAUUGGGUACUAUUUUACAUCAGAAGAGAAAGUUUAAAUUUAGAGUUUACAGAGAGAGAUGGUCGUUCUCGGGAGAAGAUAGGGAAGAUGGGAUUUUGCUGAAAGGUGAGAGGAAGAAGAAGAAGAGGUUGGUGUUGGUGAGGUUUAAUCAGGGCUUUGGUUUUAAUGGCGGCGGCGGCGGCGGUGGUGGUGGGAGAGAUGAUGGUGCUACAGCAAGGGUUCUGGGUAAUCUUGCUUUGGCUAUUGGAUUGACUUAUCUCUCCAUGACUGGUCAGCUUGGUUGGCUUUUGGAUGCAAUUGUUUCCAUUUGGCUUCUUGCAGUUAUAAUACCAAUAGUUGGUUUGGGUGCUUUUCUCUGGUGGGCUGGACGUGAUAUAGUUCAAGACAGUUGCCCAAAUUGUGGAAAUGAUUUUCAGAUUCUUAAAUCUACUAUGAACGAUGAUUUGCAGCUGUGUCCUUUCUGCAGUCAACCUUUCUCUGUGGUUGAUAAUAAGUUUGUAAGGGACUCUGUGAAAUUCUCCAACCAGUCGACAACGUUUGCAGAGGCAUUCAAUGAAUUCGCUCGUUCUAGAAAAGGAAAGGAAACUUCUGCGGCAGUUGUUGAUGUUGAAGCAGAGAUAAAAGAUGCAGACUGAGAGUUCUUGCUCUAACCACCAGCCAUCGUUAAACUAAAUACUUCUGAGUCCAAGAUGGAUGCUUGAGUAUUCUAUGUAAAAUUGAACCGCAGAUGCGCCCAGCGGAAAAGAACCGUUGAGCCGGAGCAGAAUGGUUUCAAGAGUGGGAUUAAAGCUAAAUGUUCGGAGUUUUUGACAGAAGAUUUCUCAGUUGUUGUACCUACCUUACAUAUCAUUUGUCAAACGCAAAAGGCUCUUUAUAGUAUUCCUAGAUGGUGUAUUCUUUUGUAUAAUGUAGAGCUUGUAGGCAUCCCGUGAUAUACCAGAAACGUAUAAAAAUUGUCAAUAAAGAUGUUCUUGGUUAUA